UAGCAACUAACCACCGCUUCAUAAACUCGGGGGAAAGGUCGGAAGCACUGUGGAAAGGCCAGGAGGACGAGUGAUUCUGUUUGCUCGCUAAAUAGGGAUGAAAAUCUAAGUCUCGCAGAUGCAGCUUUAAUGGGGUUUGCUGUGCGAGGCAGUGAGGACCCGGUUCCGCCAGCUCAACUCCGGCCCCGCCCCGUCGACCCUGGCCAGAGACUGGGAGGAAAGGAUGCCUUCGCAGUCGCAGAAUCUGAAAAUUUGGAUAAAUUCAUAAACAACUUGGAACUCCAACUUAAAUCAGAAGGUGGAUCAAUGCAUGUAUUCAAACAGGUUACUGGCUCUGUUCAGAUUAGAGAUUCCCCUAAGACAGCAGACAGAGGUAAUAUGACAUCUCCACCACUCCUGGAUGCCAACUCUAUGGAGAACCCAGCACUGUUUAAUGACAUCAAGAUUGAGCCCCCAGAAGAACUUCUGGCUAAUGAUUUCAACCUGCCCCAGGUGGAACCAGUCGACCUCUCCUUUCACAAGCCAAAAGCUCCUCUCCAACCUGCUAGCAUGCUGCAGGCUCCAAUACGUCCUCUCAAGUCACAUCCUGCUCCCCAGACCCUUGUAGUAUCCACUUCAACAUCUGACACAAGCACUUCGGCAAAUAUCCCUACAGUUCUGACUCCAGGCUCUAUCCUGGCCCAUCAGGGCACUGGUAGCCAGCAAAUCUUACAUGUGAUUCACACCAUCCCCUCAGUCAGUCUGCCAGAUAAGCUGGGUAGCCUGAAGACCAUCCCAGUGGUGGUGCAGUCGCUGCCCAUGGUGUAUACUACUUUGCCUGCAGAUGGGGGCUCUGCAGCUAUUACAGUCCCACUCAUUGGAGGAGAUGGCAAAAAUGCUGGAUCAGGACUGAAGAGGCCCGGUCUCUUCAACCCCGAUAAACUUCGAGGAGCCCAAGGUAACGGUCAAGGUAGCAGACACCAUCAACAGAUAGACACCAUCAACAGGUGGGUAGAAGCCUUUCCUACCACUAGAGAAAUGGCACAGGUGGUAACUGAAGCCCUAAUUAACCACAUCAUUCCACGCUUUGGUCUCCCCAACACUAUCCAGUCAGACAACGGACCUGCCUUUAUUUCAAGAUUACUCAACAGACAGCUACUCCAAGAACAUGCAGAUCGCUAUCUGCUGCAACCUGUGCCUAUGUCACCUGAAGCGCCUGUCAACCCACUGAACCCUGGAGACCAGGUUCUUCUAAAAGCCAUUUCUCCAAAACCACUCCAACCAAAGUGGACAGUUCUACACAAGAUCAUCCUGACUACAACAAUGGCUGUCAAGGUCUUAGGCGACACAUCCUGGCAUCACCUGUCCAGGGUCAAACAAUUCCGUGUUGACAAGCAGUAUGUAUGCGAGCACUUGGGCCCAACUCAGCAUGUGACCAAGGAGUACCUAGGGACCCCCAAACUUGCAUGCUCUAAAGGGAUCCAGCCAUUCAUGCACAUAAAGGCAAAGUAG